ACAACACGUAACACGACAGUUUCUGCUAUCCAUGGCUCACUUUCAGUUCGUCAACGACAUCAACCACAAGUACUUCAAGGAAGAGGUCGAACUAGAGGACAAACUAAAGGCAGUAAGAGAAAAGUAUGCAUGUCCAGGAGAAAAAGAAGGUUUAAAAAAGUUGAAUAACAGGAUUGAAAGUUUGAGCAAGAAGGCUGCAAAGCGAAAUAAAGUUUUACUUAAGGAUCUGGAGAUUGCCUCAGGGAAGUUGCGUGUUCAGUCUUGUUACUCCCCUACGGAGGCUCUCCUGGAGAAGAACAAGCAGCGUUACUUGCAAACCUUGGAACAGCUGGCUCAGUCUCAGGCAUGUUCUUCCGACCGUAACUCUCAGCGAGGUUCAACAGAUUAAACACAAGAUGAUCCGUAUCCGAGAGACUGCUCCUCCGCUAGAUUAUUCGUUCAAGAAUCUCGAGAAGAUUGACGAGCUCCACUUGCAACGUCCGAGGAGAGGAGUGAAACGUUACCGACGUACGAGCAGCGGCCGCUACAGCUGUACGUCACUGCGGCUCAACAACAAUCAGCUGACCACAAUACACGGGAUACACGCGGUGGCAUAUCAGAUCUUGGAGCAGCCUGAAAAGUUAACUUGGUUGGACCUUUCUUUUAACAAGUUGACGUCAGUUGCUCCCGAGAUCGCUUCUUUCCCCUCACUCAAGAUAUUGUAUCUCCAUGGCAACCAGUUGUCGGAUUUGACUGCUUCUGUUCGUCCACUUAAAUGUCUGGAUGACCUGUACAGCUUGACUCUCCACGGCAACCCUGUAGAGGAGCGCAAGGGCUACAGAGCCAAAGUACUCACAUCACUGCCACAGCUGAGGUCUCUGGACUUCACCAACGUCACGGCGGCCGAGCUCAAACAGAUCCAGAUACGCAAGAGUGCGAGCGCAGCCGCAGAAAACUACCAGUACCAGAACAGAGUGAAGAGCACCUUCUGAGGCCUACCUAGCUUCCAGCAGCAAGUGCUAACGGACACACUACCAAGAGAUGUACAGAAUAAAGAACCACAAGUGGAAGAGAAAAAAGUGCAGAAGGAAGUGGACUUUUGGGAAGAGUUUUAUCCUAGGAUACCGAUAGACAUUGAUAAACGGAAAAGCCCUUGGAUUCGAGGGUUUAACAAGUACGAGGAAUUCGAUAGGUUUGCUUUGUUACCGACUUUUGUGUCUGUGGACGAUUUGGAACCCUUGAUGGAAAUUGAGGAAAACUCAUCAUUUGUUUCAUGAAUUGUACAUAAAGUUGUAUGGUUCUUAAUGUUUAUAUUAUGAACUGUUAGUUGGAACAAUGUAAUUAUAAGAGUAAUUUUUUCUGGAAAAUUAAAUUACAGUAAUACUUACAACAAACUGUAAUGGGGCCUCUUUUGGCCAUAAAAUAUUGACUAUCAGGCUUAUGAACUAUCAGAUAACAAAAUAGACAGAAAAACAAUAAGUUUUGUAAGUCAGACUUUGACUUACAUAGCUGACUUUAUAGAUGGUAUGCUUGCAUUGCAUAUUGCAUGUUAUAUUAAUUUAAUUGAUACCACAAACGAGGCAAUUAGAAUAGACUAAUUUAGUUUGGCCUAAAAAUAUAACUGUUGUACAAGCAUGAUGAUGGACAGAGAUUUUUAGAUGAGUUUAUAGAAGUUUUUCUCCAUUCUGCUUUUGAGUUUGUAUAUAUAAACAAUUGUGUAACAAAUUAAAUAUACUAGUGUAUUAAUUUAAACUACUCAUUAUUUUGACCUAAUUGUUGGCAAAUACAAGUAAACAGGCAUUAUUUGUUUGUUUAAGCCACCAACUUAGUAAUUUUGGUGAUUUUUUUCAGUUGAAGAAUAAAGUUUGAGACAAAAAUAAGAACUAAUUAACCAUAAAUUAAUUUAACGAUUUUUGGCUUUUCUAAGCUACUUUGAUGCCAUAGCGGCAUUUACAGGCGUUUUGUAAUGCCGCAUGACUUAUUGGAAGAAAUUACUGAAAUUAGUCUUGGGUGAACAACCUAGGCUUUGCUCACUUGUGUAAUUCUAGUUUGUUGCUAAUAUUGACUUGCAUUACACAGUGUUACUGAACAGCAGCAAAAGGACAUUCACUCAUUUAAACAAAUACUUGGCAUAUGC